GAACCCAGGCUGCAGGGUCUGAGAGCCGGGUGCUGAGCCCCCCUCUGCAGGUCUAGGGGUUUGAACCAGCCGGAUGCCCCAGUCAUGGGCAGAGUCCCGAUGCCACAGCAGGACGCUGGGGAAAGGGAGCUCCCGCCUCAGGGCCCCCACUGGAGAGCAGGGGGUCCUGCCACGCUGAGGGUCCUGAUCCUCGCCCUGCUCUGGAGGGGGUCCCUGGCCCAGCCACCUGAAGUUACCCUGACGGUGCCGCAGUCGGUGUCGGUGCAGGAGGGUCUCUGCGUUCUCGUCCCCUGCACCUUCACGUACCCAGCCUCGUACGACACCGACAAUCCCUCGGCUCAGCUCUACGGAUACUGGUACAAGGAGCCUGCUACUGUGGGCAAGGAUCCUCCCGUGGCCAGCAGUGCCACCAGAUACGGGGUGUCGCAGGAGACCCAGGGCCGGUUCUGGCUGACGGGGAAUCUGACGCGCGGCGACUGCUCCCUGCAAAUCAGUGAUGCCCGACGGAUGGAUGCCGGGAAGUAUUUCUUUAGCUUCGAGAAAGGCCUGUUAGAACACACUUACCGCUCCAAUUCCGAUGGCGCUGACCCUUCACUCACCAUCUCCGUGCCAGGGCUGACGGAGGAGCCAGAGAUCCAGAUCUCGCCGGCGCGGGGGCUGCCAGGGACGCUGCUGGCCGGGGAGCCGGUGACUGUGACCUGCACGGCCCCUGGGCGCUGCUCCGGGCCCCCUCCCCGAGUCACCUGGACGGGGCCGUUCAACGACACAGCCCGGGACGUCUCAGCCCAGCUGGCGAACGGCACCUGGGCCCACAGCUCCGCGCUCAGCUUCACGCCCGGCCCGGGGGACCACGGCAAAGAGCUCGUCUGCAGCGUCACCUACAGGCCACCACGGGGACCUUCCACCAACAGAACCAUCCGGCUUCACGUCAGCUACCCGACCGGGCUCCCCAACACCACUGGGACCAGGAACGGACGCCCCGAUUUGGCGAUGCUGGUGGGCAUCGGGGCGGCCUGUGGGCUGGUUGUCCUCAUUGGCGUCUUCCUUCUCUGGCUCUAUAUGAUCAAACUGCGGGGCCGGAAGCCAGCACCCCCCAGCGCCGAGGCCGGGGAGACGGCUAACGGGAGCCAGGUGGAGCACACAGCCAACGAGGCCAGCGUGAUCUACAGUACCGUCACCCGCAUCCCAAUGCAUCACAAGACUCCAGCCACCCGCCGGACCAAAGGCAUCCAGGACGGGGCUGCAGCAGCACAGGGCCCGCUAGGCCCCGGGAAGCCGGAAGAGCUGCACUACGCCUCUGUCAAGUUCUCCAAGCUGCAGCGCAAAGGGGGGGAGCCUUCAGAGGCCCCAGGCACGGAAUAUUGCGAGGUCCGGCGCAAAUAGCCCCCUCACACCAUGGGCCCAGGCUGGGCGUCUCCAGCCCAUCCAGUGCAGGGGGGAUCACAGUGUGGAGGCAAGGGGGAAGAGGUCAGCCCAGGGCUGGACUCAUGAUGUGGGAAAACUGGGUGCAAAUCCCUGCUCUGGCCUGGACUCAGGGCGGAGUCAACUAGGCCUUGGAAAUGCUGGAGCACUGCAUUGUGGGGAAGUAUCCCAGAGUCCUCUGCAGCCGGGUCUCAAAGCCUGCCCCCUCCCAAACCCCACUGCCCCCGGGGGAAAGAGCAUCUCACCCCUCAGCCCCAGAGAGUUUCUCUUCCACCCUGCCUGAGUCCUCAACAACUUGUUUCGCAGAUGGACAGGAUUUUUCAACCUCAAGGGUAUCAGCUGGUGGGAGUGGAGGGAUAGGUUUGUGUCUAAGCUGCUGGUUGGCUACUCUGGGUUCCAAUCUCUGCUUUGCUAAAAAUGCUAUUGGGAGAGGUUGCUACAUUUGUCUAGUCUCAGUUUCCUUACCCCAAAAAUCAGGAUAAUAAUGGUGCCCUGGGCUACUUGCAUUAUAAACUCUUAGGGGCAGGGAUGGUCUCUCGCUGUGUCUGGGCAGCGCCUGGCACAACAGGGCCCUGGUAUCUGUCAAGGUCAAUCAGUGCCACGUGAUUAUAACUUCUUAAUACCAAUGUUCUAUUAAAGGUAACUUGUCCAUUCCAAAGCCAAAAGCAUCCGACUGUAAAAUUCCCUGUUUACAAGCAGUUACUUGAAAUAGAUUUUCAUGUGUCACUUUUGUCGCUGCUACUUUUUCAACAAAGAGCCAAUAACAACUAUGAAUUAUUUGUGUCCAGUAAAGAAUCAGUUUUCACGUCUGCCUUUCCCCUGGAAGGCCCCGAUCGCAGCUGGUUUCUGGGCAGGGCCGAGCAUAACUCAGCCACAAUUCCAGCUGGGGCAGGGCCUGUCUCUCGCUGUGUAUGAUCAGCACCUGGUACAAUAGGGCCCUUGUCAUAAACAUACAGCUAAGGGGAAGAUAAAAUCCCUCCUUUACCUGGUUGGCACUUGACCAGAAGGACCAAUGAGGAAGGAAAAUACUUUCAAAUCUGGGGUUUGGGAGGAAGGUUUUGUUUGUGCUCUUUGUGUGUGCUCCCUCGGGAUGGAGAGGAACCAGGGAAGGAGAAAAACCUCUCCUAAACCCUACCUGAAAUAAGCAUCUAAGGUUACAAAAUUGUAAGUAAUAGCAGGGAAAUGCAUUAGAUUAUCUUUUGUUUUAGUUUGUGAAUUUUCCCUGUGAUAAGAGGGAGGUUUAUUCCUGUUUUUUGUAACUUUGCAGUUUUGCCUAGAGGGGAAUCCUCUGUGUUUUCAAUCUUAUUACCCUGUAAAAUUACCUUCCAUCCUGAUUUGACAGAGGGUCUUCUCUUACUUUAUUCUUUAUAAUAAAU